CGCAGCCCGCAGAAAUCGCUCAUCUAGCAGUACACGCUACCUGGUCAUGCAGUAUCGCACGGCGAUCCGUUGACACUCGGGUUGAGCACUUGGCACUACGCCACCACACGUACAUUCGCAUGCCACAUCACACGACCGGAGGUGUGGAGGAUGCAAGCGUUCGCGCGCUGACGGGCUCCUUUCGCAGAGAUGUCAAUCGUUGAACCUUAAACAGCACGGGCGCGCUUCCUUUCACUCUACCAUCACGGAUGUCUCACAGCGUAUGUCACACCCUCCUCGAUGGCGGCGAUACGCGCUGCUCAGCUGCUGUGAGACGAGGAAGACAAUCUUGCGGCAAGCACGCCGCUGCGUAUGACGCAAGUUACAAACGCUACAAGAACGCGGAGAACGACGCGAAACUCCUACGCGCCGCGGCGCAGACGAAACGUAGCGAUGUGCAUACUCUCCCCGCAAGCGAGAUCGAAACGAGGAUCAAGAAUGUCCAGGUGUACUCGGACGCGUUGGAGCUCGAACUGACACUUCGAAGGGAGCACGAUGCGUAUUUCAUUGGAGAUCCUGACGAGGGACACCGGAAGAGGCUGCAAGAUCUGAAACAGCAGAUCAAACAUCACCGCGAUGUACUUGCAGCGUUGCACGCACGAUUGGAGAUGAUGCAUCCCGCCGUUAAGCGCACGUCUCAAUGCAAGCGCCGUCGUGGUAGCGUGGCUGGUAUCACCGCGGAAUCCGCGCCUCCCGAUCCUCAACCCCAAGCGACAUCUCAUCAUAAUCCAAAGCGGUACAGGCUAGCACAAUCAAAUCGAGGUAGAGAUGAGUAGAGAUGAGCGCAAGAAAUUCGAGGAGGGACAUGAGCCGCGUUCAAC